AUGGGGAAAAUCGCAGACAUUUUCGUGGAAGCUGGGCAUAAAGUGAUCGUCCUCCAACCGAUCAUCAUCGAUCAACUCCAGGAAACGGGCACAAAGUUGGCAGAGGUGAUUGAAAUCCCUCCAUCGGAGGCCACAAAGCGAUUGAUGUUGGCAGCUUCGGGCGACUCGACGGGCCGAGAUCGAUGGACCACUUCGGGCACUGAUCCCCGGCCAGCGAUAAAUAUCCUUCGACUCCUUCGCGAAACGGCACUUGAUGCAAUGAAAAGAGUGGUUCACGACGAGGAAUUGAUGAAACGGCUCAGGGAUUAUCAUUUUGAUCUCGGCUUUUCAGAGGGCAUUGAAUUGAGUGCGUAUGGUCUUUACCAUGAGCUGAAUAUCACCAAGUACAUCACCGUGCUUUCGUCGACGUUUGGCGCGAGUUUCUCGUCGAUUUUCGGCGCUCCAAUGCUUCCCUCGUAUGUCCCUUCCUUUUCUUCAAGUUCCAUCGAUCAAAUGAGCUUCAGCGAGCGCGCGAUCAACCUCGUCGGAUCGAUAGCGGAAAAAUACAUGAUCACGAACAGCUACACGAUACUGGACGAGUUUUUUCAUGAGUUCAGCGAGAAUUUCCCGGGAAUAGAGGCUCAGCUCACUGCCUCGUCUCUCGUCCUCGCCAAUGUUGAGCCACUUUUCGACUUUCCCCGUCCACUCCUUCACAAGCUACAGUACAUUGGCGGAGUUACUGUCUCUGAAAAGAAGCCACUGAAUGAUGAAUGGUCAGCAGUGCUCUCGAAACGGGCACAAACAAUUUUGAUCUCUUUCGGAAGCAUGGCACGAAGUGUUGAUAUGCCAAAUGAAUACAAAAAAGCGUUUAUGGAAGCUUUUACUCGUUUCCCCAACGUCACUUUCAUUUGGAAAUACGAGAAUCCGUCGGAGUUAGAGGGAAGCGCAGAGAUUCCGAAUCUUUUGCUGAAUGCAUGGGUGCCACAACCGGAUCUUUUAGGUGACUCUCGUUUGAGCGCUUUUAUUACACACGGUGGGGCAGGGAGUGUCAACGAGUUUGUUUAUCACGGGAAGAAGGCAAUGGUGAUUCCCUCUAUUCGCCGAUCAAUUCGCAAACGCAAAGCUGAUCGUUUGACGGAAGCAAUCGAACAAUUGUUGAACGAUCAUAGUCUUGAUAAAAACGCGAAACAAAUGGCUGAAAUGAUCGCCGAGAAGCCGUUCAAAGCACGAGAAAUUCUGUUGAAGAAUGCGGUUUUUGUCGCUGAAUUUGGUCCAUUGUCAAAUCUGGAUCCUCUCGGUCGAUCAUUGCCCCCGCCCCCGAUGGCCGACCACCCGCCCUCAAUUUUACCUAAACCCACGCACGGACUAGCCUCUACGCAUCAACCGCUUCAAAAAGUGAUCUUGCUGCAACCACAAUCGCAUUCCUCGUCGCAACCGGCUCAACAACAAGUGUACCUGUUUCAGCCAAACAAUGCAUCCGGGCAACAGUUUUCAAUGAAUCCAUUUGAAUAUUUUGACAAUUGGAUUUAUCCACAAAAACCGCUCGAAACAAUCGACGUGAAACCGUUAAAGCUCGAACCAAAUAACCUUUAUGAGGUUCACGAGCUCUAUGAACCGGCUAGAAUUCAACUCAUCCCUGUGCAAAUCGAGUCGACGUCGAAGAAACAAAUGGCUUUAUUGUCGCCGGUGCAGCCCGUUCAGAGCAACAAUCACACAACGACCACCGUUGAAACGCUUGAUAGUGGAAAAGUAGAACAGCCGAUCAGCGCUCAGCCACAAGCACAGCAGCGAAUAACACUUGGAAAUCUCCAAUUCCAACAAGAUCCAAACGAUCCGCAGAAAUGGAUCAUCACAAAUGAGGCCGGGUCAACGACAUCGGCUCCACAUCAUCAAAGCUAUAGCCAACAAUCCGGCGGUGAUGACGGAAACGAGUCACCGGGUUUGACCGAAGAUUUCGAUUUCGAUGCGGCUAACAAAGGAAUGGGAUUGGAUGGCUAUCAAAGCAAGCUGCCAAAGCGCUCAGCGUGCACUUGUCCUAAUUGUCAAACCGGCGCCAAUCCCAAAGGUGGAUACCCUGGUGAACAGAAGCCUUCUCGGCUUCACGUUUGCCACCUUUGUACAAAAACCUACGGAAAGACCUCACAUUUGCGUGCCCACUUGAGGGGUCACGCUGGGAACAAGCCAUUCGCUUGCGAUUGGCAACAGUGCACAAAGCGAUUCACUCGAAGCGACGAAUUGCAGAGGCAUAGGAGAACCCACACUGGCGAGAAGCGUUUCGCGUGUGGCGCUUGCGGCAAGAGGUUCAUGCGCUCCGAUCACCUAACGAAACACGAGCGAACGCACAACUCGACUCGCGAAGCAAGGCGGAUUGAACAUAUCGUGACUUUUGUCUGUAUAUGUCACCACCUUUUGAGAGGAUUCGAUGAUUUCCCCAGUUUAUACCCCGAGUGUUUCGCCUUAAUAAUGCUUUUCUUAAAUUUUUCCUUGAAU